AAUAACAGAAUGUAUUUCUGGAAUCUGACCAUCAAAAUAAUUGUCUUGUCACUAACUACAACUGGAAUUCUGGGAAAUUUCUCUCUGUUCUACUACUAUCUGGUCUGCUAUGGAGACAGCAAAUUAAAGACUGUAGAUUUGAUUCAUGUGCACCUGAUGGCAGCCAACACUCUGAUCAUUCUCUCUAAAGGAGUGCCCCAGACAUUGGCAACUUUUGGUUUGAAGCAGUUUUUAAAUGACUUUGGAUGCAGAUUGAUUUUGUACAUUGAAAGAGUUGGCCGCAGUGUGUCUAUUGGCACCACCUGCCUCUUGAGUGUCUUCCAGGCCGUCACCAUCAGUCAGAAGGAAUCCUGUUGUAAGGAUCAAAAAGUGAAAGCAGCUAAGUACAUUGGCUGCUCCAUUACCCUCCUCUGGGUCUUGCAUACGUUGAUAAACUUAAUUUUCUUUGUGUACCCAAUUAUCAAAAGUUACAGUACCAAUGUGACAGGAAAACAAGAUUUUGGACACUGCUCUACUGCAGGGCGGACACUCUAUGUAGCAUUGGUGGUGUGCCCUGAAAUCUGCUUUUCUUUGCUCAUGGCCUGGUCUAGUGGCUCCAUGAUUGUCAUUCUGUACAGACACAAGCAGAGGGUUCAGCACAUCCGUAGACCUUCUGGUUCCAGCAGAAUCUCCCCUGAGUCCACAGCCACCCAGAACAUCCUGGCACUGGUGUCUACCUUUCUGGCUUUUUAUACUGUCUCUGCUAUAUUACAAGGCUGUUUGGCUCCUUUGUAUAAUCCCAGUUGGUGGCUGGUGAACAUCACUCACCUAAGUUCUCUAUGUUUUCCUUGUUUUGGACCCUUUGUUCUUAUGAAUCAUUACUCCAUGGUUCCGAGACUCAGUUUGGUCUGGAUGAGGAAUAUGAACUCACUUAUUCUUAAAUAA